AUGCCUGCAGAGGCAGACACUUCACUGGCUGUGGAUGUUGUUCAGCCCAGCUACCUGAUGAGGGUCCAGCAUGGAGACACACUUCUCUACGUACCUGGUGAAUUUUACAAGGAAUAUAAAAACAUAAAACGUUACUCCUUACUGAAUGCAGAGGGGAGUUUUAACCUCACUAUUUCUAACGUGGAGCCGUCAGAUUCUGCAGUGUAUUAUUGCGCUGCUCUGUUCUAUAAUGAAAUCGCAUUUGGAAAUGGAACCUUUGUCAUAAUUUCAGGUAAAGACUCCAACAGCAAGACUGUGGUACAGCAGCCUGUGUCUGACACUGUGUCUGACACAGACUCUGUGAGUCUGCAGUGUACGAUAGAGACUGGGAGCUGUGCAGGAGAACACAGUGUUUACUGGUUCAGACAUGGAUCAGGAGAAUCCCUUCCUGGAGUCAUUUACAGCCACGGAAACAGCAGUGAUGAGUGUGAGAAGAGCCCUGAGGCUGGAUCUCCUACACGGAGCUGCGUCUACAGCCUCCCCAAGGGGAACCUCAGCCUCUCCGAUGCUGGGACUUACUACUGCGCCGUGGCCAUGUGUGGGGAGAUGCUGUUUGGGAACGGCACACAGCUGGAUAUAGAUGGCUUUCAGAAGCUGCUGGAUCCUCUUCACUCUGGCUUGCUGAUAGUUUUAUCUUGCAGCAUUAUUCUGAACGAUCUCGUCGUUUCAGACGGUCCUCCCACCACCUUUGACAUGGCAGCUGUUGUCACAUGUUGA